AAAAAUGUCUUCAAUUUUAGAAUCUGCGAAGGGAAUUAUUAAAGAAGCAAGGUAAAUAUAAAAAUUAGAAAUUAGAGAGUCAGCUUAUUUAGGAAAAUAUCCGGAAGCAAUAAUGAAAUUCAAAUCGUAACUUGAGAUAUUAAGUUAAUAAUUGGGAAAAAAUUAAGGAGAUUAAUUAUUAUUUACGGAAUGGAGUAAGCUGGUAAAUGACAUAAAAGAAGAAUUAGAUUUAACUCAAACUUUAUUUGAUUUUACGAAAGGAAAUGCGAAUAGUAAUUUUUGAAUUAAUAAAGAUAGGUUAGUAAUAACCAUCACCUUAGAAACCAAAGAUUAUUUAAGAGUGCCCAGAAUUUCAUGAAGAUAAUAGAUAGCCUCGUUUACCAUUCAAUUAAAUUCCAUUUUAACAUCAUCGAGAGAAUACUUCACCAACAUAGAAAGCUAAUUAAUUUUAAAUAUCACCUCCAAAAUAGAAAGCAUAAGAUCCAGAUGAGAUAUUUUUUGGAGGAUUAAGAGGAGGUAAUGAUGGAAAGAGAGUAAAUAAUAAUAAUAAUAAUAAUAAUGGUAAUAACUUAAAUCAUAACCCAAGUAAUUACUUUAAUAAUAACAAUAAUAAUAACAAUCAUAAUUAUAAUAAACGUGCAGUAAAUAAUCCUCCAGCAAAAGAUCCUGAUGUUUGGGAUCCUCCAUCAAAAAAGACUGAUAAACCAAAACAAUCUUAGAAAGAUGCAAAAAAUAACAAUAUAUUUAAACCUUAAGCAUAGGGAAAAGGUAAUUAAAAAAGGGAAUAUGAUAAACCAUGGAAAAAUAAUGCAGUAGGAGAAAAGAAACCUGUAGAAGGUUAAAGGAAGACAUUUCAUGAUCAUGUAUAUCCAGAUGGUAGAGGUCCAGAUAGUGAUUUAAUUUAAAUGAUAGAAAAAGAGGUUUUAGAUUUAACACCAAAUGUUUCAUUUGAAUAGAUAGCAGAAUUAGAAUUAGCUAAGGAUACUCNAUUCUUUUAGAAUGAAUAAAUAAUAAUAAUUCUCAAUAUUUACAUAUCUGGAACCACUUACAAAAGUUCACGUAUUUUCUUCUAAAUUUCUUUAAUACAUAUAUAGUAGAAGGAUCAGAAUUGA